AUGUUUGCUUCAAAACAAUUAGUAUCAUCAUCAUCAUCAUCUAAUCCAUCUAGUCUACAUUUACCUACUGUUUCAAAAACAACUCGACAACAUUAUCAACAUUCAUCUGAUCUAUCAUAUCCUUCAAUGUCACCGAUACCACCACCACCACUACCAACAACAACAACAACAACAACAUCAGAAAAUGUUUCAGCAUUAAAAGCUAAAUAUAUUGAUUAUGCAAUGUGGUUAAAAGCAUCAUCAAGACAAAAUCGUGAACCAAUAUUUACACAUGAAUUAUUAAAACAUUCUUUAUGUCAAAUGGGUAUUGAUUCAACACAAGCUGAACAACUUGUAUCAACAUGUAGUUGGUAUGUAUAUCAAUUUCAAAAAGAAUUAGAAGUUGAUAAUGAACAACAUGAUCCAUCAAUAAUAACAGAAAAUAAAAUAUCUCAUCGACCAUCAAGACGACGAUAUAAAAAAAUACGUACAACGAAAUCAAAAAGACCUAUUCCUCCAAGAGAAAAUUCAUCAGAAUCAGCAACAACAAUAACUUCUACAAACAAAGAAAGUAUUGUUUCAUCUGGAACAUCUCCAUCAACACGAAAUAAAUUUUCUGUUUUACCAGCUAUUCAAACUUCUGAACAUAUAAUAUCACCACGUUUUCGUCGUGUUGAUUUCAAUAAUGAACAAUCAAUAGAAGGACAAAAACCUUCACGUUGGCGAUCAACUAUAUUAAAAACACGAAUUUUACCCAAACUUCGACCAUCAGAAAUUGAAUCAUCUAUUGAUAAUCGUCAUGAUAUUACACCUGAAACUACACCGAUUGAUCUUGAUUUAUUAAGUUCACAAAAAACUCUUCAACAACAUAGUGGUUUACCUGGUAGUUAUCAUACUCGAUCAAUACUACGUAAACAAACUAGUUCAUGUUCAUCUGUUGCAUCAACAGAAAUUGAUAAUCGAAGAUAUCGAAGUAAAAUAUUAACACCAGCAUCAACAAUUAUUGAUGAAAUACCAUUAGGAACACGAUCACAACGUUUAUUUGGUGGUAGUGAAUGUUUUGCUCAAAUUAUGAAUGAACUUGAACAACAAAACAUUGAUUAA